CCAGGUUGCAGGUCAGUGGAGCUCUGUCAGUCCUAGUGUAGGGAUUUUUCAGGUUGUUUUUUGGUUUUUUUUUUUUCCUGAUUGCUUUUUGGAGCUUGAUAGUUUAGCAAAGGAGUCUACAACACCCAGUUCCCAAGAUGACUCUGUUGAGCUCAGCUUCAGCACGAUACAGGAGCCUCAAGAGGCCUUUUAGGCCACAGCUGGAGCCUAGAGAGCAGUCAUUUGAGUUUGGCUGUAUUUUUUUUUUGUUCUUCAGUUACCUACUCAAUGUUUCUCUUACAGAGCUCCUGAAAGGGAGACAAGCAAGAUGGGAAAAAUAGCAGGAAAAAAGGCUUUUUUUUAAAUAACAUGCCACCAGAACUUCUGCAUGGUAACAAAGAUCAUCUGAAGCAGCUGGGUAUUUGCAAUAUAAGGCUUCAACAGCACACAGCUACUUAAUCUCUAAAUCAAGUUCAACGAUGCAUUAGAGGAAGCUGGAUUGGCUGUACAGAGAUUUCACACUGAAGGAUGAAUAGUGAAGAAGAGUUCUAUGAUGCCGUUACAGGCUUUGAUUCUGACAAUUCUUCAGGAGACUUUUCAGAAGCAAAUCAUAAAGUUGCAGAAAUGCUUGAUCUAGAUCCACACCAAAGCAAUAGGACUGGAAAGCAUAAUGGAGAGACUGAGAUUCAAGAAAAUGGAAUUAAGAGACACAGGACAUCAUUACCUGCCCCAAUGUUUUCUAGAAGUGAUUUUAGUGUGUGGAGCAUAUUAAAAAAAUGCAUUGGACUGGAGCUGUCUAAGAUUACGAUGCCUAUUGUCUUCAACGAGCCAUUGAGUUUCCUUCAACGGAUAACAGAAUAUAUGGAACAUAUAUACCUCAUUAAUAAGGCUUGUAGUCAUGCAGACCCCCUGGAAAGAAUGCAGGCUGUAGCUGCUUUUGCAGUUUCUGCUGUAGCUUCUCAGUGGGAGAGAACUGGCAAACCGUUUAACCCUCUGUUAGGAGAAACUUAUGAAUUAACCAGGGAGGAUUUAGGAUUUAGGUUUAUAUCUGAGCAAGUCAGCCACCACCCACCUAUUAGUGCAUUUUAUUCUGAAGGCCUCAAUAAGGACUUUAUUUUUCAUGGAUCAAUCUAUCCCAAACUAAAAUUCUGGGGGAAAAGUAUAGAAGCGGAGCCUCGGGGAACAAUUACUUUGGAGCUUCUGAAACAUAAUGAAGCUUACACAUGGACAAAUCCAACCUGUUGUGUACAUAAUGUAAUUAUUGGUAAACUGUGGUUAGAACAAUAUGGAACAGUAGAAAUUGUAAAUCACAGUACUGGAGAUAAAUGUGUCCUUAAUUUUAAACCAUGUGGACUGUUUGGGAAAGAGCUUCACAGAGUAGAGGGAUACAUUCAGGACAAAAACAGAAAGAAGCUGUGCGUGAUCUAUGGCAAGUGGACAGAAUGUUUAUGGUGCACUGAUCCCACUACGUAUGAGACUUACAAAAAGAAUGAGAAGAGAGGUGGUGAGCAGAAGAAAUUGAAGCCGAGUGAAGAUGUUAUUAAAUCUGAAAAUGAUGAGGCUGAUGAUAUGCCAGACGUUCAGGACACAGUGCAGUUCAUACCAGGCAGUAAAUUGCUUUGGAGAAUAAAUUGUAGGCCACCAAACUCAUCACAGAUGUACAAUUUCACCAGUUUUGCUGUGAGUCUCAACGAGCUAGAAAAGGGAAUGGAAGCAAUAUUAGCUCCCACUGACUGCCGGCUACGUCCAGAUAUCAGAAAUAUGGAAAACGGAAACAUGGAUGUGGCUAGCAAAGAAAAAGAGAGACUAGAAGAGAAACAAAGAGCUGCUCGCAAGGAGCGUGCAAAAGAUGAAGUGGAGUGGCACACACGAUGGUUUCAUCAAGGCACUAACCCAUACACUGGGACUUCAGAUUGGCUGUACUCAGGUGGCUAUUUUGAUAGAAAUUUCUCAGACUGUCCAGACAUAUACUGAAAUUAUGGAACCAAUUGCUCAUCUCAUCUGGACAUCUAGUUACUAGAUUUCAUUCCAAGCCAGUUACUCUGGUUUUGUUGAUAGCAAAAACCAGCUUUUCUAAGUAAAUUUUAUCAAAAAUUCUAUCGGUCAACAAUCAAGGAUUUAAUGAUCACUAACAUUGGAUUGCCAAAUAUUUAAAUACUGCUGCAUUCUUUCCAUAAAGCUGCAUCUGAAAUCAUCAUAUUUUCACUAAUUUUCAAAGGAACCUUUGGUUCUUCAUCUUUUUCCCUAGUUUCUUUGUCAGGAAGAUACACUGUAUCCAGUAGAGCACAUAAUAAACAUCCUUUUAAACUACGUAACUUAAGUAAAAUAGAGAUAAUAAUCCUUGUUACUUAGUACAGUAGUGAAGAAUCUGAAGUUUUUGGAAGUCGGAGCAGGGAUGAAAAGCUAAUAUGGUACAAACGGGAUCAAAUCUAGUGCUGUCGAUACUCCCCAUGACGAGAUGCAUGUGAACUUCCAUACGGUAUGUAGCACUACGUGGGGACUGGAGCUCCUGGCCCCUCUCUCUCAGUACAGUUCAAUAAUUCAGAGACUCGGGGAAACAAAAACCUACCUGAGCUUCUCAAACUGUAGUUGUCUGUUACAGAGUCUUCACAACUUUUGGACACUGUGAGCAUUAAACUGUGUACCUGUGAUAAAAUUACAUAAAGCAUACGUUAGGCAAAGGGAAGGGUGCAUUAAAAAUUGUGCUUUUUCUGAAGUCAAACGCUGUUCUUAACAUAGAGAAGCUUCGGAAACAAUUGCAGGAAUGUAGAAGUGGUUACAAUGUAAAAUAUAUUGCUUGCUACCACUUGGAGGCUUAAAUUUUCUGCACUACCUUUGGCAGCUUUGGCACUAUGUAUGCUUCUAGACUAAACUUUAUUUGGAAGCACUUUGGUAUGUAUAUCCACACAGGUUCAUAUUUUGGGGAAGUUUUGGUUUGCAUGUUUUUCAUUAUUAGGUCAUGUCUGUUUUGUAUGUUGUAAAAAAGCAGAACCAAUUUAAAGCUUUGGCAGAGUUAUACCUAUUACAAGUUUUCUGUGAGCACGUGAUGUCAAAAAGUGGGAUUUUUUUUUUUUUUUUGUCCAUAUCAAACCAUCAAAGCCGUCUAAUAGUGGAAAUAAUCAAUUACUGAACCGAUGCAUUAAUUUUCUUUCAAGUGGUAUACUUUGGGGAACAAGAAGGGAGAAAGACUUGAAAAAUUAGGUCCAGUUAAUUAAAACUAAUCCUAAUGUUGCUGCUUCUUUUAUGAAAGUUUUUAAUUAAGUAAUCAGGCAAAAAUGGAGAGUGGCUACACCGCUGUGAAGUUUACAGUAAAUCAGAAAUUGCUGGUGUUAAGCACCAGCAACUUGAGGAAUUUGUGGAAGAAGUGGUCUGAUUGAUGUCAGAACACACUUGUGGUUUCAUCCAAACGGUAGAUUUUUGAAGUGCUUCUCUCCCAGCCACAGGAUUAAAAAGCAAAAGAAAAUUAACAUACUCAUGGAGAAACAUUUUUUUAUAUCAAAUCAUGCAUCUAACAAUUGGAUUAACUUUAUUUUCUUGGGAAAUUUAGUUGUUGUCUUCGUUGAAAAAUAAGAGAAGCUGUAAAACUUCAAGGCAGUAAGGACCUAAUCUGAAACGUGCUUAUGGCAACUUUAUUCUGCUGCCAGAAAUUGUACUUUGUGUUGACUGCAACAGCCUUUAGGACUCACAAGCUAGACUUGGCAACACGGUACAGACAUAGGGUUGUAGCUGUUCCUAGUAAGUGCAUAGACACUUGACUUCUUUUAAAAGACAUUGCUGAUCCAUGUGGGACAGCAUAAACAUAAUUUUUAUAAAAAAAUUGGACUUUAAUGACUGUGCCAGGCACUGUAAGCCCCUUUCCAGACUCUCUGCAAGCAGCAUAGGGAACCCUUUGUUAGGUGAGGAUUGAAGGGAUUCAUGUAUUAUGCCAAUUUAAUAUCUCAUGGGAGUUUAAAACUUGCUUAAACUAAAUACUAUGUUUAAUGCUGGAGUAGUGUUUUUAAAACAAUACAUAUAAAUAGCAAUUGCCUAAAUGGAAAAACAGUAGAGUAAUUGCUAAAUAUUCUGUUUCUAAGAAGUGUACAGGUUAGCAUCCCUCUCAUCUAAGUUAUGAUUUAAAUUCAAAGACCUAAAGCCUUGUCAUUAUGUGAAAGCAUGAAAAAAUUGUGACAAUGCAUUUAAUCCAAACUUCAGUAUAGAAUCUUUAUGGGAUUUAAAAAGAAACUGGGACAAUUUCUGAAGUAAGAACACUUCAUUAGUUAUGUCUUCACCCCCUUCUGCCCUUCCUUUUAGUGUAAAGUUUUUAGUAAAAUUUCAGAUUAGUUCCAAAUCCAUUCUUCUAAUUUAUUGUUCUUCGUUGACAACACUUACAAAAUACUUUCCCCUCACUGCCGACACAUCUAUGCUUGGCUGGCCAUGGAACCUCUAAUGCUCUGAAAGUGGAAAAGUUUUAUUUUCAAUGCAGAUCUCGCCUUAGUAGUUUACGUGUCAAAACAUUAAUAACUUUGCACCUUUUGAAAGAAUGUCACUUUUAUAACUUGAUUAAACACUGUAUAUAAGAUAACUGUGUUAGUAUAUGUUAAUACAGCUAUGUAGAGAAACCAUCUAGAAAGAAAUUAUAAUAAAUACUUAAUACCC